AUGGUUUGCGGCCUUGAACCUCUUCUUGGCCUCGAGGCCCGCAGUCUGGCAGGCGGCUCCCGAGGCACCAUCAGCACGGAGCGCUUGUGGGAGGUGUUUCUGGGAGAUGUCAUGGCCGGAUUGACCAGCCUUCGGCUGAGGCAGUCCCAGGAGCUCUCACAUUGUUACCGACUGUGCUGGGUACCACUACAGCUUUGGCAACGCCUUGAGAGUGCUGAUGAGGAUCAAUUCCUGUGCUUCGAUGCCAUGCAAAGCGUGGCGAACAAGGAACCUUGGCAUUGCUUAGAACUUUUGCCACAGGGUUGCGUGCCGUGCUUGUUGGAGUUCGACACGCACAUUGCCCGACAAGCAGUUGAUGUGCACGAACUCGCAGCUGCCAUCGAAGGAAGCGAGCUACCUGAAGGUGCAACGGCCGAGGCGCACGAGCUGCUCCUGCCGCCCUUCCUGCGUGGCAAGCUGGGACAGGUGCGCCGCGCCCCUGCGCCGCCACCGUAUCACUUGGAAGUCUACCACCUGGAGAUCCUGGGCUUCCCGGAAACCGACCUCUCCGAGACCUUGCUUCAGUCCCCUCCGGAGGCCAUCUUGGCGGCCUCUCUCCUGCUGAGCUUGCAACGCUCCAGAGAGGAGCAGCACGAAGCGGGUUUCACCUGCAUCGCUCCAGCCGAGAAGGAGGCAGAGUAUCGAUGUGCAGCGCUCGGACACGGGAGGGACACGUCGGAUGCCACGUUUCCGCCACCCGCGGUGCCUCCGGAGACUGCUCCACCUGCUGAGCAGGCCCCCGAGGCGCCGCUUCGGCGGACGCUGCUGGCAUUGGCCUCCGACUGCUUCGCGCAGCUCGCGGAGGCCGUGGAGGUGCGACACCUGGGCACGGUGAGUACCGUGUGGAAGGGCUACUUGGAAUGCGCCUUAGAUGGCACCAACUUCUGGAAGGAGGUGGGCGAGGCUCUACAGAUGGGCGUCUUCGGAAUGGCGUUGGUUUUAAGUCUCAUGUUGGGUUGGCAGACGUGGCACCUUCGAGACCUGGACGUGGUGGAUCUAAGGGAGGUCGAUCCAGAGUUCACAGUUGUUCAGUGGCCCUACGUAGUAGCGGCCACAAUCUUUCUGAUGGAGUUCUUCAUUUGCUUUAUAGUCAUUUUGCUGCUCCGCUUGAUGCUUCACUUCAAAGAUCCCAGUAGCGGUGAGGUGGUCUUCCUCCUGCGCCUUCGUGAGGUUGCAGAGACUUUGGCCUUCAUCGCCUUCUUCGCUGGCGUGUACUACGUCUACGUCUUGUGCCGAUCACCUUUGAUCCGUAUGGGCGGUGGGUCCUUUUUUCAGGGUGAGCAGGAAUAUCGAGAUCCAUGGCACAUCCUGCUUUGGACCUUCUUGGCACCACACCAGUGGGUGAUGCAAAGCAGGCUGUACACCAAAGCCUCCUUGCCAGAGAGUGCUGAACUCAUGAUUUGCACCGGUUUUACCAUGGUUUUUGGCUUAGUGGGCAUCCAGGUGGACAUGUCCCAGGAGGAUGCCUUUCUCGCACCUCAUUGGCAGGUGCGAUUGGCCUUCACGUUGUCGACGCUGUGCAUGGUGACCACCUUCGUCAAGGCCCACAGGCAACCCAUGGAGCAAGCGACCGCCCUCACGGGCGGCUUCUAUCUUAAGGUGAAGUACGUGGUUUGGAGCUUGUACCCAGUGGUCUAUGCACUGCGCUCCUUCGGAUGGAUCAGUCCAUGGCAGGAAGAGGUCUUGUUCUAUACCCCCCUCGACGUGGUCGCCAAGUCUCUCUCGCUCAUAGCCAGCUCCAGUGGUCCCUUGUUCACGCUCUUCGUGAGCACCUGGGGUCACUGGACCGUGAGCGCCGGGGAGCACGACUUUCGGGUCACGGUGGCGGAUCCCUCGUGGCAAGUGCAGCAGGUCGUCAUGGACCGAUCCCAGGACCUUGGCCAGCAGAUCACCGGGCUCACGCCGGGCGUCAGCAACUUCCUCCGCGACGUGGUGCUGCCGGAGGAUCGUCGGAAGCUGCAAAUGGUCGCCAAGCAGGUCGACAAGCAGUUGAGCUUUAUGGCUCAGAAGACACCCUUUACAGUGAUCUUGAAGGACAUGACCGCGCCAGCCGAGUGCUACGUCUCCCGGAGCCUGUGGGGCUCGAGGGAGCUCGCGAUCUCCUUGUUGGUCAUCGGGCAAGAGUUUCCAGAUGAAGAUGAUACACGGAGCUUGAGCGUGGACAGUUCGAUCAGUGAGCUGACGCCACCCGCCACGGAAGAUCGGUGCUACCUGAGCGCUGGGAAGGUGGCUUUGCACCAGCAGUUGGCUGCCCGAAGCUGUAGGCCUUGA